AUGGCUACAGAUGUAAUACUGCAAAACUCUGAAGAGGAGGAUAGCCGACAUGGCGAUCAAGUCUCUGAACAGCUCAAAGAGAAGCAAGUAGUUUCAAGCCAAAAGCUUCAAAGAUUUGAUUCUUUGGAUAUCGAGUCUCGCGGUAACGCUGAUCACAGGCACUCCAAGGAAGCGACGUGGUCCGUAAUACUGACCCUGGCAUUUCAGAGCAUUGGAGUUGUCUAUGGAGAUCUUGGUACUUCACCACUGUACGUGUUCUCGAGCACCUUCCCUGAUGGAAUCAAAGAUAAAGAUGACAUCUUAGGUGUUCUUUCUUUGAUCCUUUAUACAGUCACAUUGAUCCCCUUGAUCAAGUAUGUUCUCAUCGUCCUACAAGCAAAUGAUAACGGCGAAGGAGGGACGUUUGCACUAUACUCUCUCUUAUGUCGAUACGCAAAGAUUAGUUUGACUCCAAGCCAGCAAGCAGAGGAUUCCAGUGUUUCAAAUUUCAAACUUGAAGUCCCGAGCAGACGUCUGAAAAUGGCAUCAAAGCUUAAAUCUACGCUUGAGAGCAGUCAAUUUGCCAAAGUCUUCUUACUUUUUGCGACAUUGCUAGGCACUUCCAUGGUCAUUGGCGAUGGUGUCCUCACUCCUUGCAUUUCAGUUCUCUCAGCUGUUGUUGGAAUCAAAGGAGCUACGUCUGCAAUGACAGAAGAUAUGAUUGUGUGGAUAUCGGUAGCCAUCCUGAUAAUCCUAUUCAUGAUCCAAAGAUUUGGGACAGACAAAGUGGGUUACAGUUUUGCUCCGAUACUUUGUAUUUGGUUUCUAUUCAUUGGUGUCAUCGGCAUUUACAAUUUCAUCAGAUUUGAUCCAACGGUUAUCAAAGCCAUAAAUCCACGAUACAUAGUGGAAUACUUCACAAGGAAUAAGAAAGAAGCUUGGAUUUCCCUUGGGGGCGUUGUUCUAUGCAUAACAGGAGCCGAAGCUCUGUUUGCUGAUGUUGGCCACUUCACUGUUCGAUCCAUACAAAUUAGUACAUGCGCGAUUGUAUACCCAUCAGUUGUAUUGGCUUAUAUUGGACAAGCCUCAUUUCUUCGCCAGCAUGCUGAUCUUGUUGCGGACACCUUCUUCAAGUCUAUACCAGGACCUCUAUAUUGGCCGAUGUUUGUUGUUGCUGUAUUAGCAUCAAUAAUAGCAAGUCAAUCCCUGAUUUCCGCGACUUUUUCUAUAAUUCAGCAAUCUCAGUCGUUAAGAUGUUUCCCUCGUGUGAAAGUCGUGCACACAUCAUCCAAAUACCAAGGACAAGUUUAUAUUCCGGAGGUCAAUUACAUUCUUAUGUUGGCCUGUGUAGGGGUCACCUUGGCUUUUAGGACUACUACAAAGAUCGGAAAUGCACUUGGUAUAGCAGUGGUUUUUGUAAUGAUGCUAACAUCAUUAUACCUCAUCCUAAUCAUGAUCAUGAUAUGGAAAACUCACAUACUUCUUGUUAUCUCAUACAUUCUUAUUAUUGGAAGCAUGGAGGUCAUGUAUCUAAGUUCAGUCCUUUACAAGUUUGAGCAUGGGGGUUAUCUUCCACUCGUCUUUGCUAUUCUAAUGGUGAUCAUAAUGUUUGUUUGGAAUGAAGUUUAUCGAAGAAUGUAUUACUAUGAGGUUGAACACAAAGUUUCUCCUGACAAGUUCAAGCAGAUCAUUAUUGAUGACAGGAAAAUCUGCCGUAUGCCUGGCCUCGCUAUAUUCUACUCAGAAUUUGUCCAUGGCAUCCCACCCAUCUUCAAUCACUACGUGGCCAACGUGCCUGCAUUACAUACAGUCCUUAUUUUUGUCUCCAUCAAACACUUGCCCAUAAGCAAGAUUUCGAUUGAAGAACGCUUCCUCUUUCGUCGAGUAGAGCCCAAGGAGCUUAAUGUGUUUCGAUGUGUUGCAAGGUACGGAUAUAGAGAUCUCCACAAUGUGCAAGAAUCCUUCGAAGAAUUGUUGAUAAAAAAAUUGAAAGAGUUUGUGAAAGAUAGUUGUAUCAUACCCCAACAAAAAAGCAAUGACGAGGUGCUUGAGAAGCAAGAGGAAUUACAUGAUGGAUUGGUUGACCAUAAUGAGCUUGUUGAGAUACGACAAGAAGCACUGAUGGAAGUUGAGGUUCAACUUGCAGCCAUAGAUGAAGCAUGGAGUUCAGGGGUUAUUCACCUCAUUGGUGAAAAUGAAGUCAUAGCUGCAAAAGGAUCCGGUAUAGCCAAAAGAAUUAUGAUUGAUUAUGCUUACAGUUUUGUGAAGAAAAAUUUGAGGCAAAGUGGAGAAUUAGUUGACAUUCCUCGCAAACGCAUGCUAAAAGUGGGUAUGACUUAUGAACUUUAG